AUGGCCGAGAAGAAGGAUCUGGAGGCCGGUGACCCCGAGCUAGAAUGUGUUCGGAAACCGAUGGAACUGCCAACCCUACCCAAACCCCUUACCCUGGAGGAGAAGAAGUAUCUCCUGGCCGUGGAACGUGGAGACAUGGGCAAUGUCAGACGGAUACUUCAAAAAGCUCAUCGCAAGAAGCAUAUAGAAAUCAACUGUGUAGACUCAUUAGGUCGUGGAGCCCUAACUUUGGCUAUUGAUGGCGAGAACUUGGAGAUGGUUGAAUUACUGGUUAUCAUGGGGGUGGAGACCAAGGAUGCUUUACUGCAGGCCAUCAACGCUGAGUUUGUUGAAGCUGUCGAGCUGUUGUUGGAGCAUGAAGAGCUAAUUCAUAAGGAGGGAGAACCUUACAGUUGGCAGAAAGUGGAUCCAAACACGGCAAUGUUUACACCGGACGUGACACCACUGAUGCUGGCUGCCCAUAAGAAUAACUACGAGAUACUCAAGAUCCUGCUCGACCGCGGAGCCACGUUGCCCAACCCUCAUGACGUUAAGUGUGGUUGUGAGGAGUGUAUCCGUGAGUCCACAGAGGACUCCCUCCGUCACUCGCUGGCUCGACUCAACGAGUACCGAGCCUUAGCGUCACCAUCUCUCAUCGCCUUGUCAUCUACUGAUCCCAUCUUGACAGCCUUCCAGCUCUCCUGGGAGCUUAGGAACUUGGCUUUUGCUGAACAGGAAAGUAAAUCCGAUUACUUGGAACUUCGUCGUCAAGCGCAAAUGUUUGCUGUGGACCUUCUAGACCAGUCGCGAAGCUCCCAGGAGCUGGCCAUCAUUCUGAACCAUGAUCCUGAUGAACCAGCCUUUGUGGAUGGAGACCACAUGAAACUGGCCAGGUUGGAGCUCGCUAUCGAUUUUAAGCAGAAGAAGUUCGUAGCCCAUCCGAACAUCCAACAGCUCUUAGCUUCCAUUUGGUACGAGGGCGUCCCUGGCUUCCGUCGUAAGACUGCCAUGGAGAAGAUAAUGAUCAUCUGUCGAGUCGCCUUGUUGUUCCCCUUCUACUGCACCCUUUAUAUGAUCGCCCCCAACUGCGCCACCGGCAAGCUCAUGAGGAAGCCGUUUAUGAAGUUCUUGAUCCAUGCUUCUAGUUAUCUGUUUUUCUUGUUGAUUCUGAUCUUGGUGUCACAAAGAGCGGAGGUGCAGGCGAUACAACUGUUUGGUCCGGAGUGGAUGGUCAAAGAGUUAGAGAAGGAACUACUCAAGCAGAGAGGAAAUGGCCCUACGUAUUUGGAAUUAGUCGUCGUGGUUUAUGUCUUAGGUUUCAUAUGGGAAGAAACCCAAGAGAUAUACAUCGAAGGCAUUCGCUCCUACUUACGCAACAUGUGGAACUUCAUUGACUUUACUAGGAACUCCCUUUACGUGGCUGUGGCUGUUCUAAGGUUCGCCGCCUAUAUCCAGCAGACCACUGAGAUUAGGAGAGACCCUCAGACCAAGUUUAUUCCAAGAGAGAACUGGGAUGCUUUCGACCCACAGUUGAUUGCUGAAGGGUUGUUUGCUGCCGCUAAUAUUUUCAGUGCCCUGAAGUUGGUGCACUUGUUCUCCAUCAACCCUCACUUGGGGCCGCUGCAGAUCUCCCUCGGCCGCAUGGUCAUCGACAUCGUCAAGUUCUUCUUCAUCUAUAGUUUGGUGCUGUUCGCCUUUGCUUGCGGUCUAAACCAACUGCUGUGGUACUUCGCGGACCUGGAAAAACGUAAAUGCUAUGUAUUGCCUGGAGGUCUACCUGAUUGGGAUAAUGCUGGAGACUCCUGUAUGAAAUGGAGGAGUUUCGGGAACGUCUUCGAAGCCUCACAAUCUCUAUUCUGGGCGUCUUUCGGCAUGGUUGGUCUAGAGAACUUCGAGUUGGCCGGUAUUAAGAGUUACACACGGUUUUGGGGCCUGCUUAUGUUCGGCUCAUACUCCGUAAUCAACGUAAUCGUGUUGUUGAAUCUCCUCAUCGCUAUGAUGUCCAACUCUUAUGCAAUGAUUGAUGAACACUCUGACGUGGAAUGGAAGUUCGCUCGCACUCGUCUUUGGAUGAGCUAUUUUGAAGAGAGUGCCACAUUACCACCUCCUUUCAACAUUCUUCCGACUCCCAAGCUGUUCCUCAAGAUGCUGGGCCUGAGGAAGAAGGAUAAGUUGAGGAAAAUGAAGAUGAAGGAACAAAAAGAAAAAGAACACGAUGUCCGCUACACAGCCGUGAUGCGAGCCUUAGUAUGGAGAUACGUCUCAGCCAUGCACAGAAAGAUGGAUGACGAACCAGUCACAGAGGAUGACAUCAACGAACUCAAGGGAGAUGUAUCAGCCUUGAGAUAUGAACUGCUAGAAGUGUUUGAGAAGAACGGCAUGGAUGUCAGCUUCACUGAUAGGAAGGAGAAGAUGGUUCUCGGCAAACGAAUGAAGGUAUGGGAGCGUCGUUUGAUGAAGGACUUCCAUGUAGCGCCGGUGUCCUUGGAUGAUGAGAAACCGGCGGAUGAAGAUGGACUGUCCAGGUUCAGGAGGAUCGCCAAGUUGGCAGUCGCAAGCACUACUAAUGCUAAAUGGGAUCAAACGCUUGCCAGUACUGGGAUCUCAUCCCAGAUCGGCCGCUGUCGCAGUAGAGAGUCGUUCAAGAACCAGCAGAACUUGCAGCGCGCUAUGGAGGAAGCUAGGAAGCUGGUGCUUCGCUCUCCACUGCCAGAAGGCUCAAGAGUGGGGACUCCAAUUGAGAUGCCCAUCAGCCCUGGACAUACUCUUCUGGAGCUGAUCAAGGAUAUCUCCACGGAAGUUGGUGAGGCCGAGCCUGAAGGUGCUACAUCACCUCCAAAGUCACCUUGGAAACCACCUGGAGAAGAUGGCGGAGCAGGUAUGGCUGCAGGUGCUCUCCUGUCAGCGAUGGAUGCUCGCAGCAGACCUGUGUCGCCAAAACCUGCAACCCCUGCUUCUACAACUCCAGUGCCUGCUACAUCACCGGCGCGAUCGCCUGUACCAGCUAAGACUCCGACAAAGGGACCUUCACCAGUCCCUACUCCAAGAGUUGCCAGUCCGGUGCCAAAGGCCCCCAGUCCGGUGCCAAAGGCCGCCAGUCCGGUGCCGAAGGCCGCCAGUCCGGUGCCAAAGGCCGCCAGUCCUACAGGUGAAGCUACUACGACUCCACCGCCAGAUCCAAGUCCUCUGAAGGCAAAGCGUGUGCCAGGAGAGUCACCGCCGAAGGUCAUCAAGCGAAAGCCACCGGGACCACCAUCACCAUCUGGAGAUGAACCAGGCUUAGCUAAGCCCGAAGAAGGCGAGACCAAGCCACCAGAAGACAUAGCAGUAGCCAGACCAGUGGCUCCUGAGAUCAAACCGGCUGAUGGAGCCAUACCUCCACCACCACCACCGCCAGCGAAGGCUAAGGCCCCACCAGCUCCAACAAUGGAGGUAACCCCCAGUACUCCAGUGCACCCACCGGCAUCAGCUCCGGAGGUGCCUGCGAAGCCACCGUCCCCACCCAAAGUGGCUCCGCCACCACCCAGAGUUGCGUCACCACAACCUUCCACUUCUGCUGUCGUGCCUCCGGACCCAGCGCCACCAUCUCCACCAAAGCGUCUCACUUCCACCUCCAGCACGGAACAGCUGAUACCACCAGCGUCUCCGGAACCACUCCGUCCAGCCAAGAAGUUGGACGAGAUCAAGACUAUUAAGAGACAACAGAAGACCGGCUGGCUAUAG